AUGGAAGCACCCUACCGAUUUCGCGUCAUCGACGCAUACAACUACACUUACGACACCCCAGAACCGUGGCAGGCGUGGCAUGAGGCAUAUUUUCGUCGGAUUUCUAGCGUGCUUGGGGCCAAUGGUGAGCCGGUCAGGCUUAAAGACGAUGGUUGCACCAUGCCCGAGUACACGACACCAAAUUGUACCCGCACUUGCAGCAACGCCACUAGCAUGUUCUACUCGGAGUCAAACGUUUGGAACUGCAUAGCCCUGGCGACUGUAUCCAUACAAGUCCUCCAAGGCAACAAAUCGUUUGAUGAAGAAAAUGUUGCUUUGAUGGACCAGAGAUUCAAUCUAGGGGGCUCUGAUCUACGAGCCAUUGACCAGCUCGGUAUCUUCGCACAGGUAAGAGGGUGCUUCUCGCAAUCUUGUGAGGAUUCAAAGUUCGGGAGCUGUACGCCAAAGUUUAAGCCAUACCGGAGCCGCCCAAUCAAUGCUAGCAACAUCCACGAGUUUGCCAAUAUUACCAACGGACCAUACUGUCAGAGUACAUCACUGGGCAUCGAUUCAGAUAUUGCAGGGCCGGGCAUUCUUGUUUCGUACAUGAUGCUCUUAUCCCUGGUUUUACUCUUAUCUGUGCUCUUUUGCCUCUUCGGCCUGUACGGGAUCAAAGCUAGGGAGGAGACAACAGAGCCUUCAGAUUCGUCGCAAAAACCGCGAAAAAAAGUUCAAUCUCUCAUCAUCAACCUCCAGGAGGCCCAGGGAUCAUUUGUGUUCACGGUCAGUCUCGUGUACCUGAUCGCUUUCGAUGGGAACACGGUCGGCUUAUCUAACAUUGGAACACUUCUCUCCUAUGUUAUUAACCGGAACAUUGGCUAUGGCUUGAUGAUCAUUGGCACUUUCUCGGUGGCCUUUCUCCACUAUUUCGCAUGCAAGUCCGGUAUGCACCAGGCUGAAUCUCUUUUCUUAGUCCUAAGCAAUAUGACAAUGCUCGCUCGUGCCCACUACACUUAUACCAAAGGUUCAUGGGCGAAGCCGGAAAGAUUUUUGGGCAGCCUUAGGAAAAACGCUAAACUGGAGAAAUGCGGAAACAAUCCAGGUCCCAUGUCUUUUUGCUUGGGGGCCCAGCUUCGAGGAUUGACCAAGACCCAGCAGACCUUUGCUCUGACUAAGAAGAUGGUUUAUGCUGUCUAUGUCCUUUGCACCUUGCUGCUGAUAGACGACACUGUGCGCUUUCUCAGGAAAAGGCGGCCAGACUCUCAGAUAUACCGUUGGGUUUCAUUCGCCUUUUAUCCAUUGCUAUUUGCUGGAUUGACUUCAUUGAUCAUUGGGCUGAUUGAUUUGGUGGCUGCAUUUCACCGGAUCAAGGAGCUCAAUGGUGGAGAGCACUCAUGGAGUUUUGGCCAAUUCGUUGCGGUGUCUGUCUGGGGUCCGAUGGCCUUGAAGUUGAUUGGGGCCCUCCUUUCCAUGAUCGGAGCCUGGGGGCCCUUUCAAAAAGCCAGCAUAGGCGCCAAUUCCCAUACGCUCCAACGAGCCAAAGACUUUCUUAGCAACCAUUCAUCACAGGAAAGCAUAAGUGAUGGGAUUAAUGGACGCCGUUUUUCGCUUCUACAUUCGCCAGGAAUUUCUAUGGCUGAUUUGGGUGUAGGAAAUGGCUCAAAUAAUAGCAAUGAGGCAUUGCAAGGAUCUGGCUUACGCCCGACACAGCCAUCUAGGAACAUUUGA